CUUCAUGACGGAAAUGUGCACCGGCGACGAGGAAAGGGCUGAAGAGUCCUCGUUAUGGAAUCUUGUGGACUAUCUAUAGGCGGCCUGUUAAACAACACAGCAAACCUUUCGUUCCCUGAUGAUGGUAAAACUGACCGUUACUUGAAGAUGGGUUAUCAGGUUCUCAUUCCAUGGGCCGUUGCAUUCUCUGUCGUUGCUUUUGUUGUCCUUAUUGGUAAUAUUCUUGUGAUCGUAUCGUUUGCAAAGAAAACUAUUCUGCGAACUCAUACCAACUACUUCAUUGUUUCACUGGCAGCCACUGACACUUUCGUUGGAUUGAUCUCCAUCCCAUGGUGGAUUAUUAUUCUGUUUAUAAGUUAUAAAGAACAGGCAUGGUUUACAUAUUUGCACGACAUCUGGGUAAUAUUCGAUAUCCUGGGUGGUAUUGGCUCAAUACUGCACCUGGUUGCCUUAAGCUGGGAUAGAUUUUGCGCUAUUGUGUGGCCUUUAAGUCAUCGUAUUUACACCGGCAGGCGUUAUUUGCUUAUUUUGGCCUUGAUUUGGUCAGUUGCAAUUCCAGUUGCAGUGUGUUCAAAACCGGGAAUGGCAUCAGCGCCAAAGGCAUACAAUGUUACGGUCAUAGUUGCUUUUUUUUUCGUACCAUUAGUUAUUAUCUGUGUUUCACAAGCUUUUGUGGUUAUUUCUAUCCGAAAAAAUAGAAUACAAAAAUUUUACAAGCUUAGAAGGAGUCUCUACAAAGAGGUUCGCGUUGCAAAGACGGUGAUAAUGAUGAUCGCAUUAUUUAUGAUUGGUUGGCUUCCUUUCUUCGCACUCUCCUUGGUGACUUACAUCAGACCGGAAGUACAGCCAUCAUGGCAAGCAAUCUGCGCUGUCAAGUUUCUUCAGUAUGGAAACUCGGUUGUUAAUCCAGUUCUGUAUGCUCACAAAUUUCCUCAUUUUCGUAAAGCAUUUUCAGCCUUACUUUGUCCUUUCCGUGAAGUUACGCAAAAGAUGCGUAACGUUGGAGAAAGUUUCAGAGCAACACUGUAUUCUUUAACCCCGGAAUCGAAUCGAAAUAAAACUUUUCAUAGGUACUUGGCAGAGAGACGGCCGGCAGAUAAUGAAGCAAGCAGCUCAAACAUAGAUUCAUCAAAACAAAACUCAUCAAAUGACACUGCCCCGAUUGGUGAACCCUCUCUUGAAGAAAUCGAGCUUCGUGAGAGCCAGCCUAAUAUUUUUCCGUAACAGACAUCAGUAUUAGUUAUUGACAAGGCUUCUUGUUACGCACCUUGUAAAAGCAUUUCUUUCAUUGGCUAACAUGGUCAUUGCUUUCCUUUAACCAAUUCAGUGGCUGAACUACGAUUAAGAGGCAUGGUUAAGAAAAAAUAUGACACAAACAGAACAUAUGAGCAAUUGGUGGAUCUAUAAAUUAAUCACCGCCAUUCAAUUUAGCAUCAAACACAUCAUAUAGCUGAUGAAUUUGUUUACAAACCGAUUCCCAAAUGGGUUCUCUACAUUUGAACACCAAGUUUUCAAUGGAUCGUAUUUGACAUCCUUAUUCGUUCUUAUCCUUUAAAAUUGGAAUUGGGUGGCCAAUUAUUUCUCAACAUGAGAUCAUGGGAUCAAUUUUUAUAACAAUCAAGGUUACCGUAACAACACUGAGGCUUCUUACGACUGACACCUUUUUUCAAUUUGUUUUGUGCCUCUAACUCAAAAACGGGCUCGGUGAUCGGUGAAACUAUUUUGUAACACUGAACUUUGAUCAACACAUCAGAGCCAUCAUAUUCAGAUUAUUUAAGGUGACUCUGAGCCCUGCGUAUACGGAUGUUUUUUUAAACUGAUUAAAAAUUGUUGAGAAAUUGUUGGACUUGCCUUGGACACAUUUGAAAGAGAACACAAAAACAAAUUGUAUGAUCAAUCCACCAAAAAAAUUAAUGAGCUUGCAUGGUUAGACAGCAUCUUACAAGUUUUCCUUCUCAAAGCUGCAGUGAAUUGAGGAGUUCAAGGACAACUACAAUAACUUGCUUAACCUCCCGACCACAAACACGGAGUGUGACAAACGAGCAUCGUUUUGUCACGGUCGCAACGCAACAAUGUUAAAUCAAUCAGUUACCGUAAAGGUUUUCUGUAUGCGUAUAAAUCUAAAUAUCUAUGCACAUGACGUCUAGAAUAUUUGUUAAGUCAAUUUAUGAAAUAAAAAUGCCGAAUGCCUCGUGGUAAACCCAACUCAUCAGAAACUGAACCCAAGAGGUGAAUAAAGGAGCAAGGGAAAAUAAGUGAGGAAAAGGUACGAAUUGCACAGGCGUUACAUCUGGUCAUUAAGAAGCCGUACGGGUUUCUGUUGAUGUUAAUUUGCAGUGACUUACUUUGUAUCUUGGUCGUGUCUCUACUCAUAGUCUGAGGUCAAGACAUUCUCUUAGUCGAGGCAAUUGAUCAAGAGGCCAAAAAGUUCUGUAAAAUGAUUUUUUAGAAAUUUCCAAAAUGAUUUCUGACUCGUGUUGACGAAACACUGGUAUCAAAACUGCAUAGUUGUUUUUCGACAUGUUUUAGUCAUAUGCUUGCCUUUAAGGACA